CUACCGAGGUGAUGUGUGCGGAAGAGAAACCCAAAAAUGCAUUGCUCGGUUAGACGCGGAUGCGCUGGAGUAACUUAACGCUGCCAAGAUAAAUAGAGGACCUCCGAGAGGAGAGACCGGGCAAUAAAAAUCCAUCUCUACACGGCUCAACAAUGGACGCCAAUAUGAUGCUUGAUUUCGCCAACUUCAGCACCCUGUUCGUGUGCAUGGUGCUCAAGUUUCCGCAGAUAUUCGUACUGAUGCAGGCGAAAUCGACCAGGGGCGUCAGCCUGAAGAGUCUUCUGUUAGAGCUAAUCGGGUUCAUCGUGUUCAUUACCUACCAGAUGUACUACGACUACCCACCCCCCACCUACCUGGAGUACCCCAUUCUGAUCGCUCAGGAUGCCAUUCUGCUGCUGAUGAUCCUCCACUACAACGGAAACCUGAGGCAGAGCCUGCUGUACGCAGCAGUGUUUGUAGGCGGCUGGCAGCUUCUCACCGUGCAGAAGUGGAUCAUUGACCUGGCCAUGAGCCUGUGUACUCUCAUCAGUGCCGCCAGUAAGUUCGCUCAGCUGCAGUGUAUGUGGCAGGCCAAGGAUUCGGGCCAGGUCAGCGCCCUGUCCUGGGGCAUGGCCACCUACACCUGCCUGGCCAGGAUUUUCACCACAGUCAUGAUGACAGGAGACAUGCAAGUUCUGGUGAGGUUCAUCGUCAUGGCGAUACUGAACGGGUGGGUGACGGCGGUGGUGCUGCACUACAGGCGGAAGGGGACCAAGCAGGACUGAGCGUCGGGCCCGUCGCCAUGGAGACUCCUGCGCUUCCUGCGUCUCACCGGGCCUCCGGGUGAUCCCCAGAACAGCCGCUCAACGCGGCCGUGCCGCCACAAUGCCCUCGCGCGAGAACCGCAGUGCACUAUGGGAGUGAACCACGUUAAGAGGAAGCAGCUGACCGUACCGUACUGUAUCUGCCACGUUGAGUCUGCUGCACAGAUGCAGAAGACAAGUAUGCAGUGGCACAAACCCCCAAACCUCUUUUAAGUGUACUUACCUCAGCUCCCUGUCUCAGUGUUACACACCACCGUUUCAUCCUACACAUUCCAGAAUUACACUCAUUUCAUUCCCGUCCCAGAACUCUGCUCCACUGUUUCAUUCCCGUCUCAGAACUCUGCUUCUCUGUUUCAUUCCCAUCCCAGAACUCUGCUCCACUGUUUCAUUCCCACCUCAGAACUCUGCUCCACUGUUUCAUUCCCAUCCCAGAAGUCUGCUCCACUGUUUCAUUCCCGUCUCAGAACUCUGCUCCACGUUUACAUUCCAGUCUCAGAACUCUGCUUCACUGUUUCAUUCCAGUCUCAGAACUCUGCUUCACUGUUUCAUUCCAGUCUCAGAACUCUGCUCCACUGUUUCAUUCCCGUCUCAGAACUCUGCUCCACUGUUUCAUUCCCGUCUCAGAACUCUGCUCCACUUUUACAUUCCCGUCUCAGAACUCUGCUUCACUUUUACAUUCCAGUCUCAGAACUCUGCUCCACUGUUUCAUUCCUGUUCCUGAGCGGUUUUCUUUUUUUAAUCAUAAUUCUACUGUUUCAUUCCUGUGUCAGAAUGGAUUUAAUUUCAGUUUCUGAAACAUGCUUCCUGCCAUUAAGAACCCCCCCCCCCCCCCUACAGUGAGGAGGGGGUGUCCAUAAUAGGAGCAUAGUGUAAAGAUGUGUCUCUAAUCCCAACCAUGUUGGUUCUGUGAUUGUGUUAUAUGAGUCAAUAAAAAAACCCAAAUCUGC